UCAUCCCCCCAGCCGGGAGCCGGAGCGUCCCUCACGCCGAGCAGAGAAAUGUCUCCCAUUGUCAGCAAUGACAGCUGCUUCUCCCCUGUCCUCUGCCACUUCAAGGCGGGCUGCUCCAACAGAACCCUCUCCCUGAUGUUCGGAUGCAAGAACAGGCCGGCGGCGGUGCAGGGAUGCCCUCACCCCCCCCAGCCAGUAUGUAUGCACCCGGGAUGCAUGAACCCGGCCCUGAUGAGCUCACCCUGGUACCACUACCAGGACGAGGACUCUCUUCCCCAGGACCACGGCUACCCGCGGCUCACUCACGAGCCUCACGCCCCGGAGCUGGUGCACGUGACGGAGAAGAGCGCGCCCGAGAUCGAGAACGUGCACGGCUACGCCACCCACUCGCACGUCUCCCCCCUCAAGCACUCGGUGGUGACCCGCAGUGACCUCUCGUACCCGAGUCUGACCGCAGGCAACUACCCGAGCUCUAUCGCCAUGGCAGCCUCCGAGGUGACAACUCUAAUGACCCCUCCUGUGCCGCCCAGCUCGCUGGGCCGAGGAUGA